AGGCGCCAGAUCAAGAGCUUUGGCCCGGGGAGGGUACAUUCUUCGGGUUGGGUUCAUGUGUCAAGUUCCCGGCGGACUUCAGUAGAGGAAUCUAUUCUAUUGUGGCCAGUGGGGUCACUACUUUGCCACAGAAAAUGUCCGCUCCCUUCUCAUUGAUCAACACACCCUCAGAGACUAUUGCUGGUUUGAGUCCGGCUUACAAUGAGAUUUUCCCUGGUUGGGUCCUCAGCGACAAUAUUUAUACGAUCCGCAGAAAUGAGGGUAAAUAUAAGAAACGAAACAAGGCCAAACGCUCCACCUUCAACUUCAAUGUGUUCCGCCCCGACACCGUAGAUCUAAUGCUGCAAGCACGCAAAUAUCUGGAGGACGCCAAGGAUAAGGCGAGAGUGCGUAACAGUAAGGGUCAUGCGAUAUACACAGACCGUGACAUCCCUAUACUCGGCAAAAACUAUUGCACUGAGAGUGCUAGAAAAAGCGGAGUACACGCAUUCACAUUCUACUCUCAGUACUAUGCGCUGUGUGGCCUGUAUAAGCAGCUCACUAAUGGCGCGACUCUGGUGGAUGUUCUGGACAGAGAUAGUGAGGACGAAGUAUGGCUGCAUCAGCGCCAGAUCAUUUUGAGCGAGGCGACCUUAGAAGGCCUAGAUAUCAUCGAACUGCUCGAGCGUCUGUCACGCAUGAGAGAGGCUAUCAACGAUGACGUCAGAAUAUCCAAGGAGAAAGACGAUGUGAGGGGAAAGAAGACUAUCCCCGACUACGCUCACGCACAUACGGCUGCCGCACAAGAUGGGUUUGUAACCGAAACGGCACGUGUUACCAAGGAGCAGUGCGAGGCCAUCGCAGAACUUAUCGAAUCGCUCAAACUUUAACUACGAGCUGGUGUUUAAUUAUGUAAUUCUCAAGUAACAAGAAUAAAACAAGUGUAGACAAGGAAUUCUAUAUUCA